AUGCAACUCCCAGCCGUUUUCCGCUUUGUCGCCACGGUCUUGGCCGUCGGUGCCUCCGCCGAAUUGCAUGAGCGCGAUGUCUACGUCCGUCACAUCGCCCCAGGGCAACUGAAGCGCCUCGACCAUUACCGCGCCGAAAAUGCCCGUUCCCUCACAGCCGAGCAGGUCGACGUGCUGGAGCGCGUGAAGCGCAUUGUCAGCGACCACGCGACACACGAUGUGGUCGCCGCGCGCGAGGCUUGCAACGCCGCGUUCGGGCAUCAAGAGUGUCGCAACGUCCUCAGCGGGCGGUCGGAGAGCGCCAACAAGGGGCUCCUGGGAAGGAGGGCUCCGGACUGUGAGUGUGCGGACCAGGAUCCUUACUGCGAUGACCCGCACAUUUGCAAGUACAAGCUCUCCAACUGCAACUUCCAGAAGGGCUGUGGGCUUGGUGGCCUCUAUGUGUGCAAUGGCUUGUGUGAGUAA